AUGUUGGAUUUUCAGAAGCGGAGGAUCCAGCUCGGGCUCUUCGUCGUGGGGCUUCUCGUUCUCAGCUUGACUGGUUCUCUCUCCAUAUUUUCUCCCGCUCUGAUGUGAUGAUGCGCCGAUCAUUUUACUAGGGUUUAAGAAUUUAGUAGGGGACGGAACUCGCUGGGACGCAAGUGAUAUUUUCUCCGUGGAUUUGAACUUUCCUGCACAUUUUGAACUCUCGAAUUGCUUCUUUACACGCUUUCUGUGCCGUGUUUUCACAUGUGAUCUUGUUUAAUCUUAUUUUUUCGUGUCCUCGGGUUUGUUUUAUUGUGCUCGAGUUGAUUUCGAAGGAAAUUUACAAAGUUAGGGAAAUGGAAGAAAACAACAUUGCUUCGGCGAAGAAGAUUCAGAUCAAAAUAAACUAUGAAGAGGAGCUUUUAUUCGACCAGUCUUCUGAGUUGCAUUUAAUAACCUGGUGUAUCAUUUUUCCUGAGAGCAUUUGGACAGAAUCUUUGCUUAUAUUUCCAGGGCUUUCAGAAAUCUUCAGAGUGUGUUAAAUAUAAUUACGAGGUUAGGGAGUGCUUCAUUUGAACCUCUUAAACAAGAUUCCAUGGCUGGUGGAGAUACCAUGUGCUCAUGAAGAAAAGGAUUCCGGACUUUGAAAAGUGGGGGGAAAUAAUAUAUUAUUUAAGAAGGUUCUGUUUCUUCCAUUGUCCGUGAAUUUUGGAUUUAAUUGAUUUGACUCGGACCUAAGGCAUAAAGACAUGGACCGGAGGGAAUGAAAACCGAAUGCAGCGAUGUAAUCUUAUUAGAUCCCUAUGCAUCAAUAACACAAUCACAUGACAUCAGAACUCAUCAUGAUGGAAUCACAGGUGUGUUUUGCAUAGUUUGUCGUCUCAAACAACAGUUUUAGUAAUUUUUAAAAUAUUUAAUCAAAACUAUUUAACUUUGGCUCUACUUUAUUGUGCGUCUACCCCAAAAUUUUCAUCAAACGUGUAACUUUUAUUAUGUCUUCGGUAAGAUGAAGAGCGGCAUCCAACCUCUAUUCCCCAUCCAUGGAAUUUCUUGCUUCAGGUGGCACUAAUAUGAAGAUCUUCAGCUCUGAUCUUGGGCAAGUAGCACGAAUCCCACAUUUAACGGUGGAUUAUUUUGGUAGUGUGGUCCUACAGUUUGUAAUGGGAGCCAUAAGUAUUUUUCAAAGGAUGGCAGCCUCCUCCAAUUUCUGUCAAUAUAUAUCACCACCACACUUACUCCCAGCGUCAGAGUGUGCUAAGGAGGAUGUCGGAGGCCAAAGAGCUUAGAGUGGUCAAAGGAACUCUGGAAUCUGCAUAUCACCCUGGAAGUCAGUCUAGGUCUACAUUUAGUAAGAUCAAUCAGUUACGACAUCAAGCACACUUUAUUACUUAAUAAUAAUGCGCAGAAUAUUACACACUUUUGCAAAAUGUUGAUUAGGUGGUCGUAGUGCUGGUUGUUUGAAAGUUGACUGUUUAUUCUUCUAGAAGAUUCUAAGUUUUUCUUUCAAUCAGAUUUUCUUCCAGUCAGAUCAGACAUUAAGAAGAGGUCUGAUCCAUUCAGCAGUUUCCAAGUUGAUCAUUUCUUUUAGUGCUACAGGCCAAAAUGUCCAAAACAGAGGACAAGAUCUCCCUGCUAUGAAUGGAAAGGGAGAAAACAACUCGGCCCCUAGACGAAAAAGGGUACUGUAGGAAGGUGAAAGAAAGGGCAAGGGCUAUAAGUCAGUAAAAGGAGACGAGAAGCAGGAGAUGUAACGAAAAUAGAAGUUAGAUAAACAGGGAAGGGAAUAGUGAAGUGCGUUCAGCAUCACAUGAGUGAGUCGCAAGCUGAUGCUGUACUUUCUUAUCAUGUCAAUGAUAGCCUAUAACUGUACUUCAGGAAUUUUUUAUUGAAUUCACAGUGUACUGGAGAUCAGGCUCUAAUUGACUAUUCUUCUGGAGAUAAUAUAUAUUUUUUUCUUGUUUUACAACUAUAAUGAGCGGGCCGAUGGAAGAAUUUUCUGUCAUUCACUCAGAGAUCCUGAAUAUUCAUGGGCACAUGUGCGAGUGAUGUUAAAAUUUGACCCAGCAUUAAUGAAUCCUGCAACAUUUAUGAGAGCACCCGAACUGUCAUGUUUGAUCACAGAGGAGCUGAAAAGCUGAAACAAGAUACCAUAGUCUUUGCAACUCCUAGAGUAAGAAGGAUUCAAGGAGCUGAGUUUCGCUUGUGUUGGACCCAUGUUUCUCCAAGAUCACUGGUGAAUAUAUUCAUUUUAUGUUUUACGUAUCCCUCGUUGAUUAGUUUCUUCUUCCUCUCGGCCUUUAGUUUUGGGUGAUAUGCAGCUGCUCAUCACCUUGAAUCAGAGGUCUCACCCUGUGAUUCCUACUUCUCUCAAAAUACGACAGACGGGGCAGCUGGAAGUCACUGACUCUAGACAGCAUCUGAUGGCUUGUUUUCUUCUGCUCUAACUUUAAUGGGCUCUAGAACACCUCGUGUUGAAAGAGAGCUCUGCCUCCGCUGUAAUACUGGAAAUUCAGCUCUGAAAUCCUCUCUCUCUCUCUAUCUCUCCUGAUUGGGGUUUCUUUUCUGUGAUGCUUCCAGCGGAGAAAUGCAGGGAGCUCGUCGGAGAGGAGGCCGCAUCGAAGAGCGGCAAGUUCACUAUCCUGAACUGCUUCGACAUGAGCUCGGGGACCGUGGCAUGCUCCGUCAAGGAGAGCGUGAAGCUCUACGUUUACACCAUCCGGAGCUCCCACGUGGAGAGCGUGCGCCGGCGUGCCAUCGAGAUCGCCCUCGCCGAGGCUGUGUCCGGCGGGCUCAGCGCCCCCGCCGCCGCCAAGCAAGCCGAGCAGGCCGGCGCGAAGGCCGCCAAGCUCGCCACCCGCAAGGCCAAGCGCAUCGUCGGCCCGAUCAUCUCUUCCGGCUGGGACUUCUUUGAGGCCAUCUACCUGGGCGGCACUCUCACUGAGGGCUUCCUGCGAGGGACGGGAACUCUAGUUGGGACCUACGUGGGGGGCUUCCUCGGCGAGGAGCGGCUCGGCAGGGUGGGCUUCCUCGUUGGUAGCCAUCUCGGCAGCUGGGUCGGCGGAAGGAUCGGCCUGAUGGUCUACGACGUCGUUAACGGCGUCUCUUUCGCCUUUCAACUCUACCCGGCGGAGGAAGGCGGAGCCGCCGCAGAAGCGGCAGACGGUGGCGGUGGCGACCAAGAGUAUAGCACGCCAGAGGAGACCGCCGAAUCUUCCGAUGGCUGGGGUUUCUUGUGA